UGGCACAAAAUAUGAUAGAAGUCUCAUUUUUUACAAAUUAAUGUGUACUUCAGUCUAAUCUGUAGCUAAACUAGAUUAGUUUAACUUUAUUAAUCCAGACUACAUAAAACACAUUAUAGUAAUUAAUUGAGUUGUCAUUGUCCAUUUUACAGGGCAACCUUUCAGGGAAGAGAAAAUCCACAGCAUUCCGUAAUACUAGGCUAAUCCCUAUGGAAACGUCUUCAUCCUCUGAUGAUAGCUGUGACAGUUUUGGCUCUGAUAAUUUUGCAAACACGAAACCAACAUUCAAGCCAGAAGUUGCUGAAAAAAUGGCUAAAAUAUUUUACGAGGAUUCAGAUGAAGAAUCUUUCUGUGGCUUUUCAGAAAGUGAGAUUCAAGAUGGGCUGAAACUGGGGACAGAUUCCGAAGAAGAAGAAGCAGAGAAAUGUUCACGAAAAUGGCCUAAGAAAAGUGCUGGUCCCCUUAAAGUUGCUCUGAAGUUCCCACCCCGAAGGUCUAAGAGGGGAAAGAGUAAAACAGAUCCAGCUUCACAACCUUCCUGUAAAUUGGACACUGAGGCAGAAUCUGAUGAAGAAAGUGGACCCAAAUUCUUGGAGAGAAGAGCUUUAAAUAUAAAGGAGAACAAAGCCAUGCUUGCAAAGUUAAUGGAAGAAUUAAAAAGUGUGUCUGGAAUUUUUACUAAAAGAGGACCAUUCGCAACUCCUACUCAGAAAGCCCAGCGUAGUCCAAGGAAAUCAGUUCCCAGAAGUGCUCCAAGGAGGAAUCCAGAAAGAAGUUCUAGGCCUCACACAAGAUCCAGAUCCCUAAUUGAUGGUCCUCCAGAUUCCAUGUCUAUGGAGGAAGAUGAGGAUGAUCCCUACAUGUUAGUGAGAAGGAAAAUGGCUGACGAUUUUUCUGAGGAUGAAAGGGACACACCCAGAAGAAAGCGCACUAGUGCUAUGACUCUUCCCCAUGUCAUCCGUUCCGUGGAGGAAAUAACUGAGGAAGAGUUGGAUAAUAUUUGCGAAACUGUGAAAGAGAAAGUCUACAACCGUGCAACAGGUUCUACCUGUCACCAGUGUCGUCAGAAAACGACAGAUACUAAGACAAAUUGCCGGAACCCAGAGUGUCUUGGAGUACGUGGCCAAUUCUGUGGGCCUUGUCUUCGUAAUCGUUAUGGAGAAGAAGUCAGGGCUGCCUUGUUGGAUCCAGACUGGUACUGCCCACCUUGCCGUGGGAUCUGCAAUUGUAGCUUCUGUCGGCAGCGGGAAGGAAGAUGUGCUACUGGUGUUUUGGUUUACUUAGCCAAGUAUCAUGGAUAUGAUAAUGUCCAUGCUUACUUGAAAAGUCUAAAACAAGAACUUGAAAUGCAAGAAUGAACUUCUGAAGCAAUUCCAGAAUAAUCUUCAGCGCAUAUGCUUAGAUUGUCUGAUUUGAGAAUUCAGUUUUAUUAAUGGUUGGCAUCUUUCAAAAAAAAGGGAACAAAAAUUGUGACUUUUGACUGAAGUUCAAAGUUUGCAGGAGAACGGUUCGUCAUAAAUCAAAGCUUUCUUAGUCCUGUUUCAUGAUGAAUGCUACUGGAUCUUAAUUAGUAUCCCGCAGAGCAGGUAGAGGUCUCAUUCAACCCAUUGGGUAGCAGCGGCUUCAUACAAAGGCUAUAACCAACCAAAAGCAGUACUUGCCAUUAUAGUUCUGAAUCUCACUGCGUGAGAUUUUCUGGUGGCAGUUUGCAUAGGUACUUUCCCCAUGCAACUCUUGAGUUUACGUUAAUGUUGGAACUGCCACUGUCACAUUAUCCCUAACUAUUGUUAAUGCUAGCUGAGUCCAAUUUUUGUUUCCCCUUUGUUGGAAAGAAAGUCUUUGGGGAGGCAUUCAUUGUAUCUACAUUUGCAGUUGUCAUGUAUAGUAGAUUCAGUGAUGAAUCAAGCACUAGCUUUUAAAGCUAUUGUAAAUAGCAGCAGUGAUUAAUUGCAAAGCAACUUAAAUUCUUGCUAACUUUUUUUUUUUUGAAAGAAGCAAUGAUAACUCCAUAGGUUCAAAAUUUUGAUAGUAAUUGAAAUGGUUUAAAUCAAUACAUGUGAAGUGUACUUAAUCAGUCAUGCUUAGGACUAUGUUUUGUUGUGUUUAAAAUAGUACUUACAAUGAAAGUGUGACUAAAAGGGUCUUGAGAAGAUUGAGACUUAGGAAAAAUUAGAAAAUGGUUUGAUCCUAAAGCUUAUUGUUCCUGAGAUCUUGAUAUAUAAAAGGAAGAGAGUUUGGGAAGGCAG